UCAACACUCAAACGGCUUGAUUAGAGGAACGGCUGGUUCAAUCGACACAGAGAUACACGAGGAUUAAACGUACACUAUCAACGUAUAAAACCUCUUAUUAACAAGACUAUUGGUAUGUCUUUUAAGAGAGAAAACGCGAACGUUUUACGUUGACUACUCUCAUCCCGUUUUCAAGAUGGUGGUCCCGCCACUUACCGCAACAAAAUUCAACAAGGAUACUCGAUAACGCGCUCACAAAACUAAAACAAAUAGUGUACACAGACAAAAAGCAGCAACAAACAGUACACACCUACAGUUAGUUAGCGAACAAACGCGACAUUAGGCCUGUUUUUCUGUCUUUCUUAACCUCUGUUGUCCUUCUUCAAUAGCGUAAUAGCUAAGCUACUCGAAGCGCUCACUCAUUGCUAUGUGACGUCACACUGGUAGCGAUGGGUCGGUCAAGAAUCAAUACCGGAAAACAAUGGAGUUACCCCCUCCCUCCUGGUGACAGUGUUAAAACGUUUAAUUUUCAUUGGUUCGUUAUAAAUGACAGCCAGUAAUAAAUACACAUAAAUCCUUUUGUCGUCAAACCAAGCGUUAAAGUCUACCGGGACAUAAAAAUUCCGCCUUCUGGGAAUAGUUACGCCUUUCAACUCCGUUGCGAUGAAAUCACUUUGUGUACUCGCCUUUCUUCUUUGCCUUUCCGUCGUUAAACCAGUCACAUACGAAUAUCUUGGUUGUUUCAAAGACAGGGAUCCUCAUUCAUUGCCGGUUAUGAUCGCAGACUUCAGGCAAGAGCCUGGCUUUGACUGGAGCAAUCUCAAGAAGACAAUUCAGGCAUGCGCAGAGAAGGCAAUGGAGCAAAAAAUGGAGUAUUUCGCGCUGCAGUUUUACGGCCAGUGUUGGAGUGGACCUAACGCAGGCGAAACGUAUGCAAGAGAUGGGCCAUCCUCAAGAUGUUAUAAAGGGGUCGGCAGGGAACGUGUUAAUGCCGUUUAUCGCGUAACGGACCUUCCUGCAUGAUAUGCCUGUAAUCUUGGAGUUUGAAGAAAAACUGGGAAGCAAUUGAAGUCUGCUAUACACCCUACCUAUGAUGUACUGUUUUUUUCCCUGUUGAAAGUUAUCAACAAGCAGAAAUAAAACGAUUGAUUUGA